AUGCGCAGCGCCCAAAUCUUGUGCACCGGGCAGCGCAGGGGGAAGCUCGACGCGUGCGAACUUCUUCUCCACGAUGUCGGCGACCAUGGCUGCGAUGUCUGCGCCUGCGAGAGCGGUCACGGCUGCGUCCCGAGCCUGCUGGAGAGCGUCUGCGGGACCGACCAGCGCGACGCGUGCGCCGACUGCGGAUUGGAUACCCGCGGAGGAAGGGAGGAGAAGGCGAACCGCAGAGGUCGCCAGUACAUUCACGACACGCGUCUGUGCUGCUCUCAACCAGUGCUUCAAGAACGGCCUCGAAAGACAGAGGAAGGCGUGACGCCUGCGGGCGAGCUCCCAGGCUUUAUCAUGGACAUGCCCUCGCCUUCGCUUCUCCUGCACAUCGAACGCCGCGAGAAAAGGUGGCAUUGCCUCGUUCCCCAUCGCGAAGGCCUGGUGCAGGACCCGAACAAGUUGGCUGGACACAUCAAUGCCAAGGUGCGAUUGAAUAACCUCGUGUCGAAGACCUUGCGGAGGCCUCUUCUUGCAGGGGAUAUUGUAUAUGAAACCCGAGCUUUCAACACGGGUUUUGAAGCAACGGUGCGAGUCCAUGGCUUGGAGGACUCUACGCCCUUGGAGUUUUCAGGCGUCGCCUCGCAGGAGAACACGGCAGAGCUGUCAGCAGCGGCAGCCGCUGUGGCGGCUUUGCCACCCCCGCCAAGCAUAGAGCCGCGGUAUCCUAAACCCCAGGAUGCUGCUUCAUGGGUUGCCGAACAACUUUCGGACAAGACACACGUCGAACUAGAUUCUACUAUGGCUGAUGUAUUGCCUACAUUGGCUUAUGUGCAUGCAGACAUGGGAGCAGAAGCGUCGUUCAUCCUCGAGGAGGAUCCUUGCAGAGUGCGCGUUCGAAGGUCUGCUGUUCGAAGAGAGUGGCUUCCGCAGGAGGUGCGAUGUGUGCUGGUCAGCCGGAAGACUCACGGCUCGAAACUGGCCGCGGCUUUGCGAGCCAGGUUGCUGGGCGAGGAUGGGGGCGAGAGCUAUCCAUGCCUGGAGUUGAAGAUGGCUGGCAAGAGUGCUUGUAAGGAGGCUGCCAUCGCGACCAAAAUACUCCAGAGGUUUCUGCCCCAGGGGCUUGAAGUCAGCUUCAGUGCGCGCUUCGAGCAGUUCGAAGGGUACCGUGCCCGAGGUCUUGUGCUGACCAUCCAAAGACAGGACAUCUCGACAUAG